AUGGCUAAUCGUAAAGCCCAGCGCGAAGUCAGCAAUCUCUUCGAGGACCUCGGCCCUUACUACAGCCAGCCGGGCCGCCGCGACAUGUCGCAACGAAAUCGGAGCGGCCGCGGCUCCAACCGCAACAACGGGGGUGCACACGGCGAGGAGGUUCAGAUAUGGGAUGAGGCCAAAGCAUCGUUCAACGACCUCAUCAGCGGCAUCAAUUCGGACAAUGACAACUUGGGCCAGCUCGUGGCCAUGGACAAGCAGGCCGGCACAAUGGACUCGGACAGCGUGCCCACCGACAUGAUGAAGCAGAUGGAGGAGCUUUGCCGAUCCGGUGUCAAAUUCUCCGAGGACAAUAUUAACGCUGCCAAGAACCUGAUGGAGCGCCUCAAGGUGGUGAGAGCAGUUGUCGUGGCCAAGGAGCAGGCCGAAGCGCCACCCACCGGGCCAUCUAAGAGAUCCACCACCAGGGACAAUGCUGCGGCUGCCUCUCUCUACGAAUUUAACGGCGCAGACGACUCCCCAGUACCCAGCCCCAUACCGAGCUCCUCUCGAAAACAUGGCGAUCGAAGCAGCACCCGUGAUAGCAUGCCACCCAAGGCGGACAGUGUCGAGCCGCCGGGGUCCAUCAGCGGUGCUGCUGGCUCGACGAACAAAUCCAAGAUACUCUUCUCCAAAGGCGAUGAGGUAGCCUUCAAGCCCAAGGCUGCCAAUGGCGAGCAGACAUCUGACUGGAUCCUGGGCGAGGUGGCGCAGGUGCUCGGCGAGGGCAAGAGUCGGCGGUACAAGGUUAUCGACAUUGAGCCGGACGAUCAAAGCAAGCAAAAAGAAUACCGCUCCAGCGCCAGCAGCAUGAUUCCCAUUACACCGGAAAGCCAGGCCAGCUCGCUUAAGGAUUACGAAGCUGGCCAUGUGGUUCUUGCCCUUUAUCCCCAGACAACGACGUUUUACAAGGCCGAGGUUCACAGCAUGACAUCAACGGGCAAGGUUGAUCUCAAGUUUGAGGGCGAAAACGAUUCAACGACCCUGCAGCAGGUGGAGCGGAGAUAUGUCAUCGAAUACAGGGUCUGA